AAAAGAGUCUCGCCGGCGUCCCCGUCCGCACACUCGCGCACACCCGCGCUUGGGCGCACACUGAGCAGGCACCAGCGCCCGGAGCAAGCCUGUGAGCAGCGAGUGGGAGACCCAUCGGGCUGAGCCAGGCGAGCAGCCAGCGAAGCGAGCCCGCCAAGACCCCAAGUCCCCGAGCCCCGCAGCCGACCCCCGCCGGCCGGUGUCCCUGCAGUCCUCCCUGACCCAUGGCGCUGAAGCGGAUUCAGAAAGAAUUGAGUGACCUACAGCGUGACCCACCUGCUCAUUGCUCAGCUGGACCUGUAGGAGAUGAUUUGUUCCACUGGCAAGCAACUAUUAUGGGGCCUCCUGAUAGUGCAUAUCAAGGUGGAGUCUUCUUUCUCACUGUACAUUUCCCGACAGACUAUCCUUUCAAACCACCAAAGAUUGCUUUCACAACAAAAAUUUACCAUCCAAAUAUAAACAGUAAUGGAAGUAUUUGUCUUGAUAUCCUGAGGUCACAAUGGUCACCAGCUCUGACUGUAUCAAAAGUUUUAUUGUCCAUAUGUUCUCUACUUUGUGACCCUAAUCCAGAUGAUCCCUUAGUACCAGAUAUUGCACAAAUCUAUAAAUCAGACAAAGAAAAAUACAACAGACAUGCACGAGAAUGGACGCAGAAAUAUGCAAUGUAAAAUCAAAAUAAAAUUUCAUAUAUACCAGAGUACUGUAAAAUCUAGGUUUCCCCCCCGCCCCAGCAUUAGCAGUAAAAUGAGCACCAUUUACUGUCUCACUGUACCAUGAAAUCCUUUUGAUUUAUACCCAUUUUAAAUGUAUUUCUGAAGCAAGACAAAACAAACUUCCAAAAAUACCCUUAAGACUGUGAUGAGAGCAUUUAUCAUUUUGUAUGCAUUGAGAAAGACAUUUAUUAUGGUUUUUAAGAUACUUGGACAUCUGCAUCUUCAGCCUACAAGAUCUACAAUGCAUCUGAAAAGCAACCAAAUUAUUUUUUGCUGAAACUAGAUGUUUUUACAUGAGAAAUACUGUGUGUAUUGUCUAAGAUGUCGGUUUUAUAAAUCUGUAUUCAGAUUUCAUUCUUUGUUAGCUCACUUUAUAAUUUGUAUUUUUUUACUGUAUAGACUAAAUAUAUUCUAUUUACAUGUAUGUCAACUCAUUACUUUUUUUCCUGUGAACAGUAUUGAAAAGCCCAAAAGCUGAUAAUGAAAUGAAUUAACUGUCCCUUGUCUUAGGGUAUUCUGUAGCUCAAUUACAGAUUUCUCAAGUCCGAAAUGAUCUUUACACUGUAAUUCUCAGUAUAUUGAUUAUGGAGAAACACUUGUUUUGAGUUUGUUAUACUUGAGUUAACUUUAUUGCAAUGUGAAUUAAUUGCACUGCUAAGUAGAAAGAUGUGUAACUUUUAUUUGUUGCUAUUCACGUUUGAAUUUUUUUCUGUAUAGGCAAUAUUAUAUUGACACCUUUUACAGACCUUAAUGUAGCUUUUCCAUAUAAAUAAAAAGCUUUUUCUACUAUUUGUCUUGAUUACUUAAAAAGAUAAAAAUUACUUUAUCUUACAAGUAAGGAUCAAAACACUAUUUAAAAUUUUGCAUGAAAAUUCCAGAUUGUGAGAAUGAGGUUUGUCAUAUUUGGCAUAAACACCAUUAAUUAUAUAAAUUUGAUUGCUUUAGGUUUGUAUCUGUUUAUUAAGUUGUCUAUCUAAAGAAUGAUAUGCAUUGGUUUCUUGUCAUAGAAGAGAAUUUAGAGUAAGUUGGAGUUUUUCAUGGAUCACAGCUAUUAUUUAUUACAUUACUGAAGUAAGGAUAAGACAGUAUUGAUGUCUUAUAUACCUGAAAAUAAUUAGGUUAAUGCAUUAAAAUGUAACUGUUAAUGUAUUUUUUAGCAUUUUAAAAUUAAGAAUUUCUAAAAUAGAAUGUUAGUACCAUCACAAUUUGGAAAAGGGCAUACUUUUUUAUUGUAGAAGUUAUAAAGAAAAUUCUAAAAUGAUGCUUUCCUCUGUUUUUAUAAUUUCCAUUUAAAAGUGAUUUUAAAAAGCAGAUUCUCUUUUCAGAUUUUAAAGAAAGCUACGACGUUCUGAUGUUUGACUUGGAAAAAAAUACAUCCCUUUCAUUAUUAGCAUGCUUACCAAACUUGAGUGUCAUUUUUAAGAAGAGUUGUAGCUCUUCUGGUUAUUGCAGUAGAUGUAUAAGUGUGCAAGAAUCUGUGAUGGGUGUAGUCAUUAGCAAAGCAUUGAAGUCACUUAAGUAUUUUACCAUGGUUCAUUAUUAUUAAAGCACAAAUGACCCAUUGUUAGAAAAUGUGUUUUUUAAAUGAAUGUAAAAUAAUGAAUUGUGAAAUGGAUGUUUAAGAAAAUAUAGAAUUAAAAAGGUAUAUUAAGUGAUGUCUUGAAACAGCCAUAUCAUGAAAGACACUACUUUACUAGUUAUAUUAUUAUAAGCUACAUUCACCCAGAAAUUGAACACUCAAAACAUCAUUAGAUUUAAGUAUUUAGUACAUUUUGAUAGUAAAGGGUUUUGUUUCUUGAAUAUAACUUUUUAAAGAAAACUUUCACUUGUGUGGCAUUUAUUUUUGGAAAUGUCUUUUUUCUUUAUUAAAGUUUUUGAAACAUGCCUAA